AUGUGCCACAUCUCCAUCUUCUGGCACAACUGUAACCACCUCAUUCCGAUGACCCUCACCUGUCCCUUCCAGGACCUGCCAUCCCACACCACAGAACCAACGUCAACUGCCAUCCUCGGAGAACCCUGCCCCCUCUGCAGACAAGCAUACCCCCCGUGCAAACAAACCCUCACCACCCACCAGGGUCUCUUAACCGCAGAAACACUCGCCUCCAUCCUGAACGUCUCCGUCGCGCAACCGGGCUUUCUAGACAUGGUAGCCAGGUUCUUUGCCCGCGGCGACCACAAACGGUUCGACCAGCCCGGUCCCGAACGAGCAGCUUAUGACCAAAGCGAUGGAUAUCUGGACGCCUUGGCGGAGGAGUCCCGGCGAGCCGUCCAGGCUCUCGACAUAGAACUAUACCUCGACUUAGACCUGGACGAUCUGCGUGACCUGGCCCCAGCCCCAAAUCUAGAUUCAGAUGCGCUCGAAGCGCACGCAGACUCCGACAUGUCUACGCCGACGGCGACGGCGAUAGCUAGCUGGGAUGGGUUGAACUGGGAGGGACGGAAUGUGCAUCCCUCAGCGGGAUUCUACUACUAUUCGACUGGCUCCGGCUCUGGCUUGGGGGCGAAGACUGAACCUGAGCAACGGCCUACGCCUACGGUUGCACCUCAGCAGCGGCUGACAGCAGGACGAGCGAGUGAUAUUGCUGUCUACGACGGCGGUGGUAACGGAAACCGGAACUGGAAUGGUGCUCGCAAUCAGAUGCAGGUCGGGACGGAUAUAGUGCCAUACACGCCUGUCCCUGUCACAAUGCCGAUGGAACUAGGUCACGGCUCGUCUUGUGCUCUUGUGGGGAGGGGAAGGAAUGGGCGAGAGGAGUCGAUGGAUCCGCGGAAGACGUAUGAGAUACCGCGAGCCAUGCUCGUGAGGCGGAUUACGCAGCGGAGGAAUGGGAAGAAAAGGCAGGCAAUGGUGUCGAUUGGGAAGUCGCCGCUGGCGCGCGGAGAACAACAGGGCUGGAGGAACAGGAGAGAGGAGUGA